CUCUCACUUCAGGGGGGGGGAGAAGAACAGUUUAGUCAAGAGAAGCGGACGGGUAGCUGCAAGACCGAUACACGCAAAGGGCAGAUAUUAAAAAAGCUACUUUUGAAAGCGCUGACUGACGAGAUAUCACUGUGUUUUAGGACGGUAAUGAAUCUCCUUUCACUGGCAGUUCUUAAAACCGGUUUUGAGGAGGCGGAGAGGCGCGGCGGCGGAUGGGAAUAUACAGCAGCAGCAGCGCCAAACUCACAAUGCGCCCGGAGUGAACAGAGGCAGGGAGACAAUACAGAUCCGCGGGCACACUGAGGAGCUGCAAUCUCUAAUCUGGGCUCUCUCUUAUUCUUUCCAAAACCUAUUCCAGAGUGGCAUUUCCCGCGCGUCUACGCCUGUUCUAUUGAUUGAUAGAGACAAAAUUGACUUCGCAACGAGGACAAGUGGUUUGAUCUCCAAACUCAGCCAUGACGUCUCCGGCGAAAUUCCGAAAAGACAAGGAGAUAGUGGCCGAAUAUGAAACUCAAGUUAAAGAGAUCCGUGCCCAGCUGGUGGAGCAGCUGAAGUGUCUGGACCAGCAGUGUGAGCUGAGGGUGCAGCUGCUGCAGGACCUGCAAGACUUCUUCAGAAAGAAGGCAGAGAUUGAGGUGGACUACAGCCGCAACCUUGAGAAGCUGGCAGAGAGGUUCCUCACCAAGACACGUAGUACCAAGGACCAUCUGCUCAAGAAGGAGCAGAGCAUUUUAUCCCCAGUGAACUGCUGGAACCUGUUGCUGCUUCAGGUGAAGAGGGAGAGCCGCGACCACGCCACUCUGUCCGACCUCUACCUCAACAACAUCAUCCCCCGCUUCGCGCAGAUCAGCGAGGACUCAGGACGCCUCUUCAAGAAGAGCAAAGAGGUCGGUGUACAGCUGCAAGAGGACCUGAUGAAAGUUCUUAAUGAGCUCUACACGGUGAUGAAGACGUACCACAUGUACAACACUGACAGUAUCAAUGCCGAGUCCAAGCUGAAGGAGGCGGAGAAGCAGGAGGAAAAGCAGAUGGGGCGCUCCGUCCGACAAGACGACCGACAGACGCCGCGCUCCCCCGAUACCUUGGCCAGUAUCAAGAGCGACGAGAAACCCGUCCGGCGCUCCAGUGUCAAAAAAAUCGAAAAGAUGAAGGAGAAGAGGCAAGCUAAGUACACAGAGAACAGGCUGAAGGCCAUCAAAGCCAGGAAUGAGUACCUGCUAGCUCUUGAGGCCACCAACAGCUGUGUCUUCAAAUAUUACAUCCACGACCUCUCCGACAUCAUUGACUGCUGUGACUUAGGAUACCAUGCCAGCCUGCACCGCGCCCUGAGAACCUACCUAUCUGCAGAACAGAACGUAGAGGCGUCCAAACACUCUGGCCUGGAGACACUGGAUGGAGCCGCAGAAAGUUUGGAGCCCAACGGUGACAAACAGAAGCUGAUGGAGACCUACAACAACGUCUUCUGCCCCCCAGCUCGCUUUGACUUUCAGUCCCACAUGGGAGACACGAUGGGAGUGAUGUGUGCGCAGCAGCCGGUGGAAGGCGAGCUGCUCCAGAGGUGUCAGCAGCUGCAGUCACGCCUCUCCACACUCAAGAUUGAGAAUGAAGAGGUAAAGAAAACCAUGGAGGCCACCCUGGCCACCAUCCAAGACAUGGUGACAGUGGAGGACUACGACGUCUCUGAGUGCUUCCACCACAGCAACAGCAUGGAGUCGGUGAAGUCCACCUUCAGCGAAUCCUAUCUCAGUAAGCCCAGCCUGGCCAAGCGACGGGCCAAUCAGCAGGAGACGGAGCAGUUUUACUUCACGAAGCUGAAGGAGUUUCUGGAAGGAAGGAACCUGAUCACCAAGCUGGAGGCCAAGCAUGACCUCAUCGAGAAGACCCUGGGAGAGAGUCAGAAGACUGACUGUUGCCUUGCCAGUGGACGGAGAAACUCGUCAGUACGGAAGCAGGACUCGGGUGAAGCCAUUCCUCUGAUGGUCGAGAGCUGCAUCCGCUUCAUCAGUCGCCAUGGUCUACAGCAUGAGGGCAUCUUCAGAGUGUCAGGCUCUCAGGUGGAAGUUAAUGACAUCAAGAAUGCCUUUGAGAGAGGUGAGGACCCGCUGGCAGGGGACCAGAAUGACCACGACAUGGACUCCAUUGCUGGCGUCCUGAAGCUCUACUUUAGAGGACUGGACCACGCCCUCUUCCCUAAGGAAGUCUUCCAUGACCUCAUAUCCUGUGUCUCGAUGGAGAGCCUCCAGGAGCGGGCAGUCCACAUUAAGAAAGUUCUGCAGUCUCUGCAGGGCAAAACUCUCAUCAUUAUGAGAUACCUAUUCGCCUUCCUAUACCACUUGUCUCAGUACAGCGAGGAGAACAUGAUGGACCCCUACAACCUGGCCAUCUGUUUCGGUCCCACCCUGAUGUCUGUCCCCGAGGGCCACGACCAGGUCUCUUGCCAGGCCCACGUCAACGAGCUCAUUAAAACUAUCAUCAUCCACCAUGACACCAUCUUCCCCGGAGUGCAGGACCUGCCAGGCCCCAUCUACACCAUCCCUGGAGUUGGCGAUGAAUUCUGCGACAGUCCACACUGUGAGCCCCCCCUUGUGGAAGAGCCAGCGCCUGACACAGUCUCUGUCAGCCACAACAGCGAAGAUGGCUCCUUGGCUGUUUCAGAGUGCGACCCAAUCGAAGCCAUCGCUCGGUUCGACUACUCCGGCCGGACUAGUCGGGAGCUGUCUUUCAAGAAGGGUGCAUCUCUGCUUCUGUACCAGCGGGCAUCUGAUGACUGGUGGGAGGGGCAACAUAACGGAGUGGAUGGACUGGUGCCACACCAGUACAUCGUGGUCCAAGACAUGACUGACGGGGGCAGGGGAAGUCCAAAGCCUGAUGUGGACAGCAGGGACCUGCUGGAGGAGAGGGUGUCUACUAGAGGCAGUGCUGCCUCUCCUACUGGAGCUCACGUGGCUGACAUCUAUCUGGCCAACCUAAACAAGUUGAGGAAGCGUCCGGAGUCCGGGAGCAUCCGAAGAACCUUCCGGGGCUCAGAGAGCGACAGCACCAGUCCAGGAGCCGGCGGAGGGGGAGGAGGUGUGAGAACAGCGUCUCUUCCUGUUGGUGGGGCUCUGGUGAAAGAAACAGGAGACAAACGACCCGUCAGCGCUCACAGCAUCCUCAACUCAGUCACUCGCCACUCCUCUCUUAAGACCAAGGUGGAGAGUCCACAGUUACGCAAGACAAAUACAGCAGGGCGGUCUAAGAGCUUCAGCAACCACAGACCACUGGACCCCGAGGUCAUAGCCCAGGUGGAGCACAGCUCACAGGACAUCGAGGCCACGAUGAGCUCUGCCCUGAGUGAGCUCAGUAAGUUGGAGAGACAGAGCACCUCGAAACAUACACACACCCCUGACGUAGUCCUGGACACACUGGAGCAGCUGAAAGGUGUGUGUGGUGGAGGAGGGGGAGGAGGAGGAGCCUCGGAGCCCUCCAGUCCACUCCACUCCCGUCUGUUACGGGACAGCGAAGGGGGCUCCUCACAUGCCCACCCAUUGCAACGCAGCGCCUCCUCCGCCAGUGACGUGCCCUCCUCCUUCCGCCCGGCCAAGAGCCAGCCUCGGAGCGCCCUGCCCUCUACCACAUCCCCCUCUCUCUCCUCCUCCUCCCUCUCCUCGUCUGUACCUUCCUUUAGAGAGCUGCGUCCCCCUGCAACAAGGCCCAAGCCAGUAGUGUUCCCAAAAAGCGGAGGAGGAGCUGGUAGUCCAGCCAUGGGUUCCCCGACCUCUACGGUGCCCCCUACACCACCUCCUCCACUUGCAGGCCACACACACUCUCUCCCUCAUGCCCCUCCUCCUCCACCCUCAACCCAGUCCAACGACAAAUCCUGCCCGGCUUAGGACCCCAUUAUCUGAUCCACGAUACUAAUUCUCACAAACUCUUUGAUUCUUACAGGUGCAGAAAGCACUUAAAGACCUAACCCACUA